AUGGACCUGAAAAAUGGAAGUUCUUUCACUGGCUUUAUACUGCUGGGUUUCUCUGACCGGCCUCAGCUGGAGCGAGUCCUCUUUGUGGUUCUUCUCAUCUUCUAUCUUCUCACCCUGCUGGGAAACACAACCAUCAUUGCAUUGUCCCUCCUGGACCCACACCUGCAGACUCCCAUGUACUUUUUCCUGUCCAACCUAAGCUUUCUGGACCUGUGUUACACGACCAGCACUGUUCCUCAGCUGCUGGUUCAUCUCAGGGGAGCAGACAAGUCUAUCUCCUUCGCUGGCUGUGUAGCUCAGCUGUUCAUCGCUCUAGGGUUGGGAGGCACAGAAUGCAUUCUGUUGGGGGUGAUGGCAUUUGACCGCUAUGCAGCCGUCUGCAGGCCCCUGCACUACACAGUGAUCAUGCACCCCCGUCUCUGUGCCCUGAUGGCUUCUGCGUCGUGGUCCAUUGGCUUUGCCAACUCCUCGUUGCAGACGGUGCUCAUCUUUCUUGUACCACUUUGUGGGAGAAAUAAAAUACACAACUUCUUUUGUGAGGUCACCCCACUGCUCAAGCUUGCCUGUGUUGACACCACUGGGAAUGAGAAUGAGAUCUUCUUUGCCAGUGUGAUCAUUCUCCUCAUACCUGUGGCAUUAAUCACGUUCUCCUAUGGUCAGAUAGUCAGGGCAGUGUUAAGAAUAAAGUCAGCCACAGGGCAGAGGAAAGCGUUUGGGACAUGUGGGUCCCACCUCACGGUGGUCUCCCUGUUCUAUGGCUCAGCCAUCUAUGCUUACGUCCAGCCCAGCAACAACUACUCCCAGGAUCAGGGCAAGUUCAUUUCUCUGUUCUACACCAUCGUCACCCCCAUGGCCAACCCCUUCAUAUAUACCCUGCGGAACAAGGAUGUGAUGGGGGCAAUGAGGAAGGUGUUGUGUAGGGGCUAUGACUCCAGAUGA